AUGGAGGCUUCUGAGAGCAGAAAGAGAGCUCGAAAUGACGAUGGUGCAGUGUCGAUCCGCUCGAAACGACACCAAUCGGAUAAUAACGACUGGCAAAGCCUUAGCUACUGUGACUACACCAUUGGCUGGGUUUGCGCUCUCCCCAUCGAGAUGGCAGCGGCAGAAGCCAUGCUAGACAGCAUUCACGUCCUCUUACCCCGCAAGGAAGGCGAUCCCAAUACUUACACCUUUGGCCGCAUUGGUGAGCAUAAUGUUGUUAUCGCAUGCCUUCCAUCGAGCCAAUACGGCACAAAUAACGCCGCUACAGUGGCCAGCAAUAUGAGUCGAAGCUUCUCCUCCAUCACCAUUCGAUUGAUGGUUGGAAUCGGUGGUGGGGUGCCCGAUGGCGGGAUCGACAUACGAUUAGGAGAUGUUGUAGUCGGAAAUGAAGUGAUGCAGUACGACUUGGGCAAGAUCUUGCCCGACGGCCAGUUUCAGCGAACAGGCCGCACCAUCACACCCCCUCACACGAUCUUGACGGCUGUGUCCAAGCUACAAGCGGAUUAUGAAAGCGCGCCUAGCAGAAUCCCCAGCAUCCUCUUGGACAUGCUUGACCGAAACGAGCAAAUGACCUCAUACGCCCGACCUAGCUUGCCAGAUCGACUGUUCCGUCACACAUACAAGCAUACGCAAAAGUUGGACAGCUGCGAGCGUUGUAGCCUAUCGGAGGUUCUAGAACGACCUCAUCGGGAGACUGCGAACCCCAAAAUCCACUAUGGCAAAAUUGCAUCUGGCAACCAGGUCGUCAAGGAUGGCGAAACUCGUGCAAAGAUGGCGGACGAACUUGGCAUCAUCUGCUUUGAGAUGGAGGCUGCAGGGCUGCAUGAUUUUCCUUGCCUUGCGAUUCGCGGCAUUUGCGACUACUCAGAUUCUCACAAGAACAAGGCCUGGCAGAAGUAUUCCGCUGCUGUCGCUGCUGCAUACGCCAAGGAACUCCUGUCUGUCAUACCUACACAGCAACGAAUGGAUACUGAAACGACAAAUCCUACAACAAACCUAGCAUUGCUCCACAAUCGAAUGGAGGCAGUGUUGGGCUCAUUAACGUUUGAGCAAAUCGACUCGCGCCAUGCGACAAUCAAGACUCAACAUUCCAAAACUUGCCAAUGGUUGCUUGACCACCCAAAGUACGUUGAGUGGCUUGAACCAAUACAUUUUACCAGUCAUCAUGGAUUCCUGUGGAUCAAUGGAAAGCCCGGCGCUGGGAAGUCUACAUUGAUGAAGUUUGCCUACACCCACGCGAAGAACAAGUGGGGAGCAAUAGCCGACGCAACCGUCAUCUCUUUUUUCUUCAAUGCCCGAGGCGUUCAGCUGGAAAAGUCAACAGAAGGAAUGUAUCGGUCACUGCUUUUUCAAGUCAUUCAAAAAUUCCCGGACGUGCUACACGAUUCAGACCAAAUCUUCCAAGCCAGGCACAACCAGGCUACCUGGGAUAUUGAAACGCUGCAGGCUCUUUUCACCCAUGCGGCUACCAGACUUGGCCAACGACAGAUCACCUGCUUCAUCGAUGCCCUUGAUGAAUGUGAUAUAUCUGAGGUUGAGAAUAUGGUUGAGUAUUUCGAACAUCUUGGAGACCAAGCUGCCGAAAGCCAAACGAAGAUUUACAUCUGUUUUUCUAGUCGCCACUAUCCGCAUAUCGACAUACGCAACGGAUUGAAGAUCACUUUAGAGGAUCAGCCAGGCCAUGGCGAAGAUCUUGAGAAAUAUGUCCGAAGCAAGUUACGAGCCGGCAACAGCAAGGCGUCUCAGGAGGUCUCUGCCGAAAUCUUAAAGAGAGCAUCAGGAGUCUUCCUGUGGGUGGUACUCGUCGUUGACAUACUUAACAGAGAGUUCCGCGAUGGUCGCAUGUGGGCAGUAAAGCGGCGAUUAAAGGAGCUGCCCGAUGGGCUUAGUAAUCUUUUCAAGGAUAUACUUUGCCGGGACAAUCAUAAUAUGGACGAUCUGUUACUUUGCAUCCAGUGGAUCUUAUUUGCAGCAAGGCCCUUGACAUGUGAGGAGUACUACUUUGCCCUCGUAUCAGGACUGGACCCAAGCCCUGAGAAUCUGGUUGGGUACGACCGAGAAUCUACUACCCCUGCGGCCAUGGAGCUGUAUCUUCUUAGCUCUUCGAAAGGCCUUGCCGAACUUGUCAAGUCGAAAGCGCGAACUGUGCAAUUCAUUCAUGAAUCCGUACGCGAUUUUCUCAUCAAGGACAACGGGAUUCUCCAGCUAUGGCCCAAUCACGCAGCGAGCUUUGAAAGCUAUAGCCACGAUCGAUUGAAACAAUGCUGUGAUAAUUAUUGCAACAUUGACAUUUCCGAAAGAGUACCCCAAGAAGAGUUCCCAUUUCUUGACUACGCGACACGACAUGUCCUUCAUCAUGCCAAUGCUGCCGAGGACGAUAUUCCUCAGAUUACAUUCUUGAAGAACUUCGCAUUAAAGCGCUGGCUUCAUUUGUACAACUUGAUUCAACAGUAUGAAGCUCAUCGUUACACAGCCAAGGCUUCUUUAGUUUACAUCCUGGCUGAGCACAACCUACCGUCUCUUGUCCGAUCUGCAAUUGACAACGGAUUUGAUGCUCAUCUGAAAGGAGAGAGAUACGGAUAUCCUAUCCUGGCUGCUUUGAAAAAUGGCCACGAGGAGGUAUACAAGACACUCCUGCCUCAUUGCAAUGCCUCGGACAAGAUUAUCAAUCAAGACGAUUACCAUAAAGGGUUCUCGAUUCCAAGAAAUACUACUGUGCUCCAUUACGCUGCGGAGCACGGCAAUCUGUUACUCUUAACACACUUACUUAAGUUCAUGAAACCAACAAGUGACGCACCAGAUAUGCGGAGGGGCCAUACUGCUUUGAGUUAUGCGGCGUCUAAGGGUAGUGAAACUUGUUUACGAGCGCUGCUCUCCUACGGUUUCAAUCUCGAGGCGGCUGACAGGAACAGCCGGACGCCGCUAUUUCAUGCUGCCUGGGGCCCGCAUGAGGCCGCUAUGCGGCUGCUGCUUGACCGGGGCGCGCAGAUCGAGGCGACCGACAAGGAUGGCCGGACACCGCUAUCGUAUGUCGUGGGCUGGAGCGGGGCUAAGGCCGCUAUACAGCUGCUGCUUGACCGGGGCGCGCAGAUUGAGGCGGCCAGCAACAACGGCCGGACACCACUAUCAUAUGCCGUGGGCGACGUGAGAGGGAAUGAGGCUAUUGUACGGUUGCUGCUUGACCGGGGCGCGCAGAUUGAGGCGGCCAGCAACAACGGCCGGACACCACUAUCAUAUGCCGCGGGCAUGAGUGGGAAUGAGGCUAUUGUACGGUUGCUGCUUGACCGGGGCGCGCAGAUUGAGGCAGCCGAUGAGGACAGCCGGACACCGCUAUCAUAUGCCGCAGGGGACGGGAAUAAGGCCAUUGUACGGCUUCUGCUUGACCGGGGCGCGCAGAUUGAGGCAGCUGAUAAAGACGGUCGGACACCGCUAUUAAUCGCCGCGAGGACCAGGGAUGAGGCCCUUGUACGGCUGCUGCUUGACCAAGGCGCACAGAUUGAGGCGGCCAGUAAGGAAGGCCGGACGCCGCUAUCAUAUGCCGCAGAGGCCGGAAUUGAGGCCGUUGUACGGCUGCUGCUUGACCGGGGCGCACAGAUUGAGGCAGCUGAUAAAGACGGCUGGGCGCCGCUAUCGUAUGCUGGCCUGUAUAAGAAAGAGACCGUUAUACGGCUGCUCCAAUUGCGUGGUGCUAAAUCUUCACCCUUGAUAUCGUCUUAA